UUCAUUCCCGAGUCCCGACAGCCGCACUGCCUCCCCACUCUCUCCCGUCCCCGAUUCGGCGAUUCCCAUCUGCGCUGCGCUCCAGAUCUCGAGUCGCCGCUGACUCGCCGACGACUGCUCGCCGUUGGCGGAUGCCACGGCUUGUGCGACGCCAGGAGCCUCCAGCCCGGCGCAACAGCCGACGGCGGCACCACCGGCUCUCAACGCUCCCGUGCUCGAUUCGGCGGUUCCCCUCUCCGCUGCGCUCCCGAUCUCGAGUUGCCUGCAACUGCUCCCCGUCGGCGGACGCCACGGCUUGAGCGGCGCCAGGAGCCGUCCGUGGCCCGCCCGCAUCUGGCGUCCGAAGUGGCUGUCUCCCACGCUCUCUAGUCCAGGAUUGCUGCCACCACCAGAGUGCCCAUUCUAAUUAUAUCGAGGAAGAAUAUACAACUAGGCCACCAGCCAACAGUGAGGCGUUAACAUAUAUCAGGAACUAAUGGCGGAAAUUGUGAUUCUUCUAUCCAUUGAAAAGAUUGGAAUUGCAUUAGCAAAUGCAGCGGCGCUCCAGGCCAGUGCGUUAUUUGUGAAGUAUGGGACACAACUACUAGAGUUACAGUGCAGCAUGGAUCGUGUUGUGAGGGAGCUUCGUGUAAUGCAUGAUUUUCUUUGUCAAAUGGACAUUCGAAACCGUAGCAUCCAAGCAUAUGAGGGCUGGUUGGCAGAGGUACGGAAAGUAGCGCAUCUGAUAGAGGACAUGGUGGAUGGGUAUUUGUAUCUAGUUGGUCAGGAACAUGAUAUAGGAUGUUGCUUUUACUUGAAUAAAGUGUUGAAAAAACCAAGAUCUCUGCUUUCUUUGAACAGGAUAGCUUUUACUGUGAAGGAAAUAGAGAAAGAUCUUUCACACCUGUCAGAGUUAAAAACCCGCUGGGUUCCCGUGAACGAUGGAGAUACUAGCAGCUCAAAUUACAUUGUCAAGAUGUCCCAAGAUCUAGCAAACAUCUCACGUUCCCUUGAUGAAGAUCUAGUGGGGGUGGACAAAGAAAUAGAAAUACUUGAACAGUGGUUGGCAGGUGAUGAUUUGCAAUGCUCGGUUGUAGCAUUGCUUGGAAUGGGAGGGCUUGGUAAAACUGCAUUAGCUGCAAAUGUCUACAAGAAUGAGAGAAAAAGUUUCCAAUGCCACGCUUGGGUCUCCAUCUCUCAAACGUAUUCUAAAGAGGAUGUCUUGCAGAAAAUAAGCAAAGAACUUUCCAGGGAUAACGCCAGUGUUCUAUCUAACACUGCAGAUAUGGACAUCACAUGCCUUGAAGAGAAAUUGAAGAAAUUUCUAGAGCAACAAAAGUAUCUGAUCAUAUUGGAUGAUGUUUGGACUCCAGAAGCAUUUGUUGAUUUAUCUAGGGUGCUUAUUCAUAAUGGUAAGGGCAGUAGACUUAUAAUCACAACAAGGGAACACCAUGUUGCUACACUUGUACCUCGAGGACAUAUCCUACCACUGGAAGCUUUACCAGAUGACAAGGCAUGGGAUCUUUUUUGUAAGAAGGCUUUUCCAAGAGAUACAAAUCAUGAAUGUCCUGCAGAGUUGAAACAUUUGUCAGAGGACAUAGUUAGACAGUGCAAAGGCUUGCCUCUUGUUAUUGUGUUAGUUGGUGGCCUCUUCCGUGUGCGUGAGAAUACCGUGGAAGAAUGGAGAAAGAUAAAUGAUCAGCUGAGUUGGGAGCUAGUUAAUACUCUCAGUCUCGGUCACAUAGGGAAUGUUUUGCAUCUGAGCUUCAUCUACCUUCCUACACACUUGAAAAGUUGUUUCCUAUACUGCAGCUUAUUUCCAGAAGACUAUCUUUUCAAAAGAAAAAAACUUGUACGUCUAUUGACAGCAGAGGGGUUCAUCGAGGAGAGGGGUGAAAGCACAUUAGAAGAAGUGGCAGAAGGCUAUCUAAAGGAGUUGAUUGACAGAAGCAUGCUACAACUUGUUGAGAGAAACACAUUUGGUAGGAUAAAGAGAUUCAGAAUGCAUGAUAUCUUACGUAAAUUGGCAGUUGAAUUGUGCAAGAAGAACUGUUUUGGUGCUGCAUACGAGGAUAAGUGUGAGCGAUCUCCGGAGACGGAUGUGCGUCGAUUGGUACUACACAAACUAAAGAAGGAUAACCAUCAGCCAGUUUCUGGUAUGCACCAGCUUCGUACAGUCAUUACACUGGGCAAAAGCAUUCCAUCAUCCACUAUACCUGUGCUAUGUAUGGAGUCAAGAUAUAUGACAGUGCUAGAAUUAAGUGGUCUAGCCAUCGAGAAUAUUCCGGAUGCUAUUGGAGAUCUUUUUAAUCUCCGCUAUUUGGGUUUGCGUAAUUCAAAAGUGAAGAAACUCCCAAAGUCUGUUGAGAAGCUUUCAAAUUUGUUGACAUUAGACCUUUUUGGAUCUGAUAUACAUGAGCUGCCUAGUGGGAUUGUGAAACUGAAAAAGCUCAGGCACUUAUUUGUUGAGACGGUUACCGAUUCAAAUGCGAGAGGGUUGAAAUGGGGCAGUGGUAUUUGUAUCCCCAGUGGUCUUGGAAAUCUAAGAAGCCUGCAAACGCUACAAGCAUUGGAAGCACAGGAUGGGUCUGUUAGACAUUUAGGGGAGCUGAGGCAACUGAGAAGCUUGAGGUUAUGGAAUGUGAAGGGAACCUACUGUGGACGCAUCAGUGAGUCUCUAGUUCAGAUGCGGCAUUUGUGCAACCUUAAUCUGACUGCAAGCGAUGAGGACGAGGUUCUCUUGUUGAAUGUCUGCCUACCAAACCUGCAAACGCUGUGUUUGAGAGGAAGGCUAGCGGAAGGAGCGUUGGAUAAAUCUCGUCUCUUCCAAUCUGUUCAGGACCAAAACUUGUAUGUAUUGUAUCUACAAUGGUCACAGCUGAGAGAAGACCCCCUGCCAUCCCUUUCUCGGCUGUUAAACCUGACGCAUUUACAUUUCACCAGAGCAUACAACGGAGUGCAGCUGACAUUUCUCACGGGUUGGUUUCCCAAGUUAAAGAUUCUUGUUCUAAGAGACCUGCUUAAUCUGAAUCGGCUAGAGAUACAGCAAGGUGCCCUUGUGAACCUAGAAAGAUUAGCCCUAGUCAACCUCAGGAGCAUGACAACAGUCCCAUCUGGCAUUGAGUUUCUCAAGCCCCUCCUGUAUCUGGGCUUCAAGGAAAUCACUAGGGACUUCUUGACGUUGCUGCUCCGAUGUUCUGCAAUUCGAGGGAAGUGGCGGUAUACUCUCCGAGAAUGAUCUGCCACACUGGUCACCGGCCGGAAGGAAGACGCUUCACUAUUUGGGCCGCGUGCAGAUUCGAUUCAGUUAAGGCACCAGUGCAUCUACUUCACGGUCCGGGUUCCCUCUGCUGUUUCAAAAUGUGCGACUGCAUGUCUGCACCGUUUGCUGCUACCUCCACUACAGCGCUUCACUUCUGGUACUACUCUUUUUCGUGGGACUGCGAGCAGUUGUUUUUCGAUAUUCAAACUAAUUCACGUACAGCUAUUCCUGUGUGCUUGUCAUGAGACUGAGAGCGAGUCGUGUUUCCGUUUCCAGACUGUUCUCUUUUUUUGCAUUACCCGUUUGAACUAUAUACGAUAUCGCCUAUUUCAGCUGUAGCUGUUAAACAGAAGACUCGGUUUGUGAUGCAUAAUCCUCGGAUAUUCAUCUUCAGAGACUUGGCUUGUAAUUCAAUGAGACUAGCAUUGACCUGACUAGCAUCUUCAGAGAGUUUGCUGGUUGAGGAUCGUUGUAAUGUUAUCGAUCUGUUCUAGGUAGCCUUUGUUCAGUUUUC